AGAUGGCCCAUUCCCCACACGCUAGAGGAUGGAGACCUUGACCCGGUCGGCCGUGGACGCCAACCACAGAUGCCCUGUUCAACAAUGACAUAUCUAUAGCGAAUAUUGUCCAUUGGAUGGUUGGAAGAUACUCUCUUCUUAUUACAAGGUUAGGUCAUUGGAGGAGGGCACUGAAAUUGCAAGCUUUGCUGAUCCAACGCUGUUGCAAGGGGGAAGUAUUGGUGAAUCUAUAUACUAACUUUCUGCACGAUUUCAUUUUCUCGCUCUGCUCAAGUGAUGUCAAUAAGAGGAGGAACAGGGAUGAUGGUUCAGUAGGAAGUGCUAUUUGGGUUUUCAACUGGCUCCUCUGUUUCUGCGUUGUUUAAUUUGGAGUUAACGUGUGAUCUGUUGGUUUUCAGUGAUUGUGUGGUAGUCACACAUUUAUUUGUUCUAUACAUUGACCACUUUUUUUCUGCCACAGAAUUCAUUUUCUCGAUGCUCAAGUGAUACCGAUAAGAGGAGGAACAGAGAGGAUGCUUCAGUAGGAACUGCUCCUUGCGUUUUCAUCCUCCUCCUCUAUCUCUGCAUCAUAUCCUUUCAGUUUAUUAAGCUCGAAUUCAACAUAAUUCAGAUUUCCUAAUCUUUCUCCUCCUAGUUCAUGCCUGAUUUGCAUGUGUUGAUUAUACGCCACUUCAUUUUUCUUUCUGUCAGAGAGAUGAUUGAAGAGUGAAGAGAUCCCGUGCGGAACCCUGUGGAUACUCCUUCCGCCUGCUGAUUAGUAGCAGCAAAAGUGUAGUUGCUCCUUCAGCUGCACAAUUCAUGUGACACAAGGAAGAUACAGCUUUUAGCCAUGGCUCUCCAGUUUACAGCUACCCCUCUGCUGAUUUGCAUCCUUUAGCUCUGGUUUGCUCUGCCUCUGCUCAGGGUUCAUGGGGAGAUGGAGGUGCACCGGCGUGGUGGUUCUCAUCAUACUCUUGCUCUCGGUUGCUUCUCACGGAAGAGAGCUACCUAUCAAGAAGAGUGACCAGAUUUUUGUCUACAAUCACACUCUUGCAAAGACUAUUGUGGAAUAUGCUUCAGUGGUGUAUAUGUCAGACUUAACUGCUCUUUAUACAUGGACAUGCUCGAGAUGCAAUGACUUGACUCAAGGCUUUGAGAUGAGAUCUCUAAUUGUUGGCGUGGAGAACUGCUUGCAGGCGUUUGUUGGUGUAGCUCAUAAUCUAAAUUCAAUUGUCGUUGCAAUCAGAGGAACUCAAGAGAACAGGUGUUCGAACAAGUUGUUCAAUGAAGCUUGGAAAUGUAUGCAUCUAAACUGUUUGUAAUCUGAACCUACAUGAGUAAUCAUACAACAGCGAAGCUUUCCUUGUUUAGUCAUAUUAUGUUUUAUUUGAUUUAUGAAAAUUUUGUUCUAUUACAUUAA